UCUACGGACAAGAUUUGUGAUCGUGGGGAGGGGGUGUUUGUAACCCACAACCUCCUCUGAGAGACGCUGGCUGGUUCUGCAGGUACUGAGGGGCAGCCAGCCUCCGCACCAUCACGGUGUUAAUCAGCAGCACCUGCGGGAGCGCAGAGCCGGAGGAACGCUUCCGCAGCUCAGGUCCUUCUACUUUAGCUAAAUGAGAAAAGUUUUAUUACGGGAUUUCGGAGGUGCAAAUAGGAGGCGAGGCGCUGAGAGCAGAAACCGGCGCGGGGUCCCCGGAGCCGGCUCGCCGCUCACCGGGGCUGGUAUGUGGUAGGGUAGGGCCAUGUACUGGAAGAGUGACCCGAUGUUCGUCUGCAGGCUGGAGGACAAGGACUUGCCCGCGCUCGGCGGCCCGGCGGAGAAGGCCAGCCCCGCAGCAGCUGACGAGGACUCCUGCUCUUCCUCGGCUGCCCUGUCGCCCUCCUCGUCGCCGCGGUCCAUGGCCUCAGGCUCGGGCUGCGCUCCCGGCAAGUGUGUGUGCAGCAGCUGCGGCCUGGAGAUUGUGGACAAGUACCUGCUCAAGGUAAAUGACCUCUGCUGGCAUGUGCGCUGCCUCUCAUGCAGCGUUUGCAGAACGUCCCUGGGAAGGCACACGAGCUGCUACAUCAAAGAUAAAGAUAUCUUCUGCAAACUUGAUUAUUUCAGGCGGUACGGCACUCGCUGCUCCCGCUGCGGGCGGCACAUCCACUCCACCGACUGGGUCCGGCGGGCUAAAGGGAACGUCUACCACCUGGCGUGCUUCGCGUGCUUCUCCUGCAAAAGACAGCUUUCGACGGGAGAGGAGUUCGCUUUGGUUGAGGAGAAAGUCCUUUGCAGAGUACAUUAUGACUGCAUGUUGGACAAUCUGAAAAGAGAAGUUGAGAAUGGUAAUGGGAUUAGUGUGGAAGGAGCAUUACUAACAGAACAAGAUGUUAAUCAUCCAAAACCAGCAAAAAGAGCUCGAACCAGCUUCACAGCAGAUCAACUCCAGGUUAUGCAAGCACAGUUUGCUCAGGACAACAAUCCAGAUGCACAAACACUUCAGAAGCUGGCAGAAAGAACGGGCUUGAGCAGGCGUGUUAUACAGGUGUGGUUUCAGAAUUGCAGAGCACGCCAUAAGAAACAUGUUAGUCCUAAUCAUUCAUCUACUGCUCCUGUCACAGCAGUUCAGCCCUCCAGGUUGUCUCCACCGAUGUUAGAAGAAAUGGCAUACUCUGCAUAUGUACCCCAGGAUGGGACUAUGCUCACUGCUCUGCACAGCUACAUGGAUGCUCAUUCACCUACAGCUCUUGGACUUCAGCCUUUGCUACCCCAUUCAAUGACACAACUGCCACUAAGUCACACCUAAUUCCUUUUCAUCAGGGAUCUAAACUAUUAAAGAUGUAACCUUAAGUCAUAGUAUAUUGAAAAUAUCAUUAGAAAGAUAUUAAUGUUAACUUUUUAUUUAACACCCAAAGCAUUUUCAAGAUAAUUUUUGCCCAGGUAUGUAUGUCUAUUUAGCCUGCAAGACACUUUUAUGGAUUCUCCAUAAGUCACAAUUACAUUGUUUACAAGCCUUAUUAAACACCUUUUUGUAUUGUCUGGAAGUAGUCCACUCUAGUUACGUGUGUGUUAAUUUAUUUGUCAUCAAAAGAGCACUUUUCCUAGAAGAAAGAACUGACAAUUGUGCAAAAUGUUUACAAUUCUUUGUGAAAUUGUAGUUUAUCAUUAGUUUGAAUCUGUAAGUUAUUGCUAAAAGUAUUACCUGUAUUUGAGUUGUAUACAGUCUAUAUGUCAAAGCUGAUUUCUGUGAGUUUACAAAAAUAAACUUUGGUUGCAAAUAUUUUCAAAAAUAACUGAAUAAAGUUUCUGCUGCAGCAUGCUAAGCA